AUGCUCCUAACAGCUAGCCUGCAGGCUUUUAAGGAUUCUGCUUCCAGCCAGACUGACAGGCGAGACCUGCCACAACAUGCAGCCAAGCAAGCCCUGGCCAUGACAAGGAAUAGCCCUUCUUACAGUAACCUGAAAUGUGGAGAGAGGAACAGUGCAGGGAUGAGCCAAGCAAUACAUGAGAGGAUCAUACAGACCACGUGGAGUGGCAUGACUACAGCACACAUUCUGUACCCUGGAAAUUAUGGAUCAGGAGAUGGAUUGAUGAUAAUACCCACUUUCACAGCAACACACCUUCCAGCUACGGGUCCUUCGACUGUGGAUGACCAUGAGCCAGUACUUGUAACUUCAAGCACUACUGAAAGCAGCUUUGAAACCCAGAGUUCUCCAAGUACUGAACUGAAUGCUGUGAAUGAUGAGGACAGCCUAGAAGCAGAACAGCCUAUCUUGAUAUAUAUUGUCCCUGUGGCACUGCUUGUCCUGCUGAUUUUGAUGAUCACAUUUUUUGUUAUGCAUCAUAAAACGAAAAAGUCCAAGCAAGAUGAGCUGGGAAGUGAAAAUGUAAAAAGCCCUAUUUUUGAAGAAGACACACCCUCUGUUAUGGAGAUAGAAAUGGAAGAGCUUGAUAAAUGGAUGAACAGCACAAACAAAAAUGGUGACUGUGAAUGUUUGCCUACUGUAAGAGAAGAAGAAAAAGAAUCAAUCACCAACCUAAGUGAUGGUGAAUCAUGAAGUCCUCAGGACAGCAAAGAACUGGCUAAAGGAAUGCAGCACACAAGCUCAUCACCCCCCAGAUAUUGGAAGAAUCGCAUUUAAAUAUAAUUAAUCUGCAUGCCUAUGCAAUGUUUCUCAAUUUACUUUUUCUAAACAGUGCACUGAUUUGCACAGGACUGACAGAGCAGCUCUGAGGACAGACAGGAGGCGAAAAACCUCUCAAACGAAUAGCCAGAAGUAACGCAGCCUACUGUGGGCACAGACUCUGUAGAGUGCUUUUUGGUUUUCAGAUAAAAGGCACUGUAGAAGUGAAAAGUAUUAUUUUGAGACUGGCUUUCAGUUUGUUAUCGUUACAGACGAGUGCCCUGGGCUAGGUCACCCCAUGUAACUCUUCUCCCUGCCCAGGGCUGUUCUCUAACCAUCUACUUCAGGAAUAUCCUACUUUAAAACAUUUCUUUUGUUAAAAAAAUGAGUGAGAUUGAAAAAUUGAACAAUUCAAUAGUCACAUUAAAUACAGAUUUAGAUAAGUAUCUGUUAUGCAUAACUACUUGGUCAAGGUUUUCAGAUGCAGGAGGUUUUCUGCUGCUUCUGUUUUCAAAUACUGAGCCUGCAAUAUCUCAAAGAUAUGGACUUCUAAGUGUGCCCAGUAAACUUUAGUUACAAUGAAAAAAAAUCAGACUCCUGUGAUACCUCAGGGUGGGAAUAUGAAUGCUGUCACUGUGCCCAUUGAUUUUAGAUAACACAUCUCUUAGGGAUGUAGCUUAAAUAUGUAACACAUAUGAAAGUGAAUCCUUGUCUGGACAAAGCUUCUCUUGCCUUAUUUAAAAUAGCAGAUUCAUAUUCUACCAUACCUUAUAUCCUACUUAUCUGUGGCAGUGUAUAUUGCAGCUUUUCAAUUGCGAUUUCAAACUAGCCAGCCUGCAAGCAGGCAGUUACCUGGGUGAGAAUCCCAGCUCAUCUAUUGGGUCCUAAGUGCAGAUGUAUCACUGGUUGAAGAAACGAGUGACAGAAAUAGUAACCAAUCACCUGUCUGUGCCAGGGAAAACGCAACCACCCUAUUUAAGGGUGGUGACAAACAACAAAGUUGCUCAAGGUUUGUUACAUGGAUCAAGACUGCUGGUGUCUCUGUCUCAGACCCUGCACCCCUCAUGGCAGCAGCCCAACUGAUGAAACAACUGUAACACCUACCCUCAUAUUCUAUUUAAAUAUGUAAUGCCUUCCCACUCAGUACAUGUUUAAUAUGAUCAGUUUUGUUUUUCCAGAAAAUAAUUCACCAAUAAGUUACCGCACAUAGCUUGAUUAAAGAGAGAAAACAAAUGUCCCAAGCCUCUGUGAUGGCAUCUAAGUAUCACUAACAGCUGACAAAUAUAGAGGAUGGUUCAGCUUUGUGAAUAAUUAAAGACGUGUCAAAAUACAGAAGGAAAAAGAUGUUUAAAGCAAACCAUAUUCCUUCAUUACUGAAUUUGACUUGAUUAGUAAUUCCCUCAAAGAAUAAAAUAUUUCUUCACUAUUC